CAGGUGGCUUUGACAUUUCGCUGGAGCUUUAGCCAGGAGGGACUCUUAACAGGUGAGGCUGUCCAGGUUAGAUGGAGAACUCUAAGGGGGACCAUCAGGCGUUGCUCAACCAAGGAGACGAGAAUGAACUGGAGGUAUUUGGUUACCGAACCCAGAAGCUACGGAGGGCUCUCUGCCUUCUGGCCUCAGUGCUGACCGGUGGGGCCCUUCUGCUCGUGUUCUACUGGAGGCCUCAGUGGAGUGUGUGGGCCCACUGUAUUCCUUGUCCCUUGCAAGAAGCAGACACGGUUUUGCUGAGGACAGUGGAUGAGUUUCAAAGAUAUAUUAGGAAGAAGGUGAUUUGCCUCUGCUUAUCCACAUUGAAGUUUCCUCUAAGCAAGAACCCAGAAGAACCCCUUGUGGCUGAUCACCACUCCAUCAUCAAUCAAGCUGUAUUGAAACCAGAAUUAAAACUGCGAUGUAUCCAAGUGCAGAAAAUCAGGUAUGUUUGGGACAACUCAGAGAAGCAGUUUAAGAAAGUUGGAUUGCUGGAAGACAGCAACUCCUGCUAUGACAUCCACCACACCUUUGGACUGGGCCUGACCAGUGAAGAGCAAGAGGUCAGACGAUUGGUGUGUGGACCCAAUGCCAUCGAGGUUGAAAUCCAACCCAUUUGGAAGCUGCUUGUUAAACAGGUAUUAAAUCCAUUCUAUGUGUUCCAAGCCUUUACUCUAACUUUGUGGCUGUCUCAAGGUUACAUAGAAUACUCUGUGGCCAUCAUCAUCUUGUCUGUUAUCUCCAUCGUCUUAACUGUAUAUGAUCUGCGACAGCAAUCGGUUAAGCUGCACAACCUAGUGGAGGAUCACAACAAAGUCCAGGUCACAAUCAACAUAAAAGAUAAAGGUUUACAGCAUUUGGAGUCCCGUCUCUUGGUUCCCGGAGAUGCUCUUAUUCUCCCAGGAAAAUUUUCACUGCCAUGUGAUGCUGUUCUGAUUGAUGGAAGCUGCGUGGUGAAUGAAAGCAUGCUCACAGGAGAAAGUAUACCUGUUGCAAAGACGCCAUUGCCCCAAACAGAGAACACCAUGCCUUGGAAAUCCCACAGCCUGGAGGAUUACCGGAGACACGUGCUCUUUUGUGGAACAGAAGUUAUUCAGGUGAAGCCCUCUGGUCAGGGGCCUGUAAGAGCAGUCGUUUUGCAAACAGGUUACAAUACAGCCAAAGGUGACUUGGUGAGAUCCAUCCUCUACCCCCGGCCUCUGAACUUCAAACUGUAUAGUGAUGCCUUCAAGUUCAUGGUGUUCCUGGCCUGUCUUGGUGUUGUGGGUUUUCUCUAUGCCCUUGGAGUAUACAUGUACCAUGGAGUCCCUCCAAGAGACACUGCGACCAUGUCCCUGCUCCUCUUGACUGUGACUGUCCCACCCGUGCUGCCAGCCGCCCUCACCACAGGCAUCGUGUAUGCACAGAAGAGGCUGAAGAAAAAGAAAAUCUUCUGUAUUUCCCCACAGAGGAUCAAUAUGUGCGGGCAAAUAAACCUCGUGUGCUUUGACAAAACUGGGACUCUUACAGAAGAUGGGCUGGACCUCUGGGGGACGGUUCCUACUGCUGACAACUGUUUCCAGGAAGUCCACAGCUUUGCCUCGGGCAGGGCUUUGCCGUGGAGCCCGCUGUGCGCGGCCAUGGCCAGCUGCCACUCUCUGAUACUUCUCGAGGGGACCAUCCAGGGAGACCCUUUGGACCUCAAAAUGUUUGAGGGCACCGCUUGGAAAAUGGAAGACUGCAAUGUAGACUACUGUAAAUUUGGGAUGUCAGAUUCAAGCACAAUAAUAAAACCAGGACCAAAAGCCAGUCAGAGUCCCGUGAAAGCCAUCACCAUCUUGCGCCAGUUUCCAUUUUCUUCGAGUCUGCAGAGGAUGUCUGUGAUUGCUCAGCUGACUGGGGAGGAUCACUUCCAUGUCUACAUGAAGGGUGCUCCAGAGAUGGUAACCAGGUUCUGCAGAUCUGAAACAGUGCCCCAAAAUUUCUCACAGGAGCUAAGGAAUUACACAAUACAAGGCUUCCGUGUUAUUGCCCUUGCCCAUAAGGCCUUGAAGAUGGGGAAGAUUUCAGAAGUGGAAAGUAUAGCCAGGGAUAAGGUGGAGUCAGAGUUAACAUUUCUGGGACUUCUCAUAAUGGAGAAUCGCUUGAAAAAGGAAACCAAACCAGUCUUGAAGGAACUGAGUGAGGCCUGUAUCAGGACUGUGAUGAUUACAGGUGACAACCUUCAAACGGCCAUUACUGUUGCAAAGAAUUCUGAAAUGAUUCCUCGAGGGAGCCAAGUGAUCCUUGUCGAAGCCAAUGAGCCAGAAGAAUUUGUUCCUGCCUCUGUGACCUGGCAGCUGGUAGAGAGCCAAGAGAACGGACCUGGGAAGAAUGAAACCUACAUUAAUAUUGGAAGCAAUUCAGUCCCUGCUGGGGAAGGAGGGAGCUGUUACCAUUUUGCAAUGACUGGGAAAUCAUACCAAGUGAUAUUUCAGCAUUUCAACAGCUUGCUUCCAAAAAUUCUGGUGAAUGGAACUAUUUUUGCAAGAAUGUCUCCUGGGCAGAAAUCAAGUCUUGUUGAAGAAUUCCAGAAAUUAAAUUAUUAUGUGGGCAUGUGUGGAGAUGGAGCUAAUGACUGUGGGGCACUGAAAAUGGCUCAUGCAGGCAUCUCACUGUCAGAGCAGGAGGCAUCCGUGGCAUCCCCUUUCACCUCGAAAACAGCCAACAUCGAGUGUGUGCCUCAUCUCAUCAAAGAAGGUCGGGCUGCUCUGGUUUCAUCCUUUGGGGUAUUUAAGUACUUGACCAUGUACGCCAUAAUCCAGUUUAUUGGCACAUCACUGCUUUACUGGCAACUGCAACUCUUUGGGAAUUAUCAGUAUCUCAUGCAAGAUGUAGCCAUCACUUUGAUGGUCUGCUUAACAAUGAGUUCAACGCAUGCCCAUCCAAAGCUGGCUCCAUAUCGGCCGGCAGGACACCUCCUCUCUCCUCCUUUGCUGCUGUCAAUCUUUUUGAAUUCCUGUUUCACCUUAAUUGUCCAGAUCUGUGCAUUUCUCUGUGUGAAGCAGCAACCCUGGUAUUGUGAUGUCUCCAGAUACAGGGAGUGCUUUCUGGCUAACCAAAAUAAUUUCUCAACAAAUGUGAGCUUGGAAAGAAACUGGACUGGAAAUGCAACUCUGAUUCCUGGUUCAAUUUUAAGUUUUGAGACUACUACUCUGUGGCCCAUCGCCACCGUCAACUGUAUCACAACAGCAUUUGUCUUUUCUAAGGGGAAGCCAUUUCGAAAACCCAUCUACACAAACUAUGUGUUCUCAUUUCUUCUGAUAUCUGCCUUGGGUCUCACAAUUUUCAUUCUGUUUACUGAUUCUCAAGUUGUAUACCGUGGAAUGGAGUUCAUCCCAACCAUCACAUCAUGGAGGGUUUUGAUUUUGGUGGCAGCUCUUAUCCAAUUCUGUGUGGCCUACUUUGUAGAGGAUGCCAUCCUUCAAAAUCGAGAGCUCUGGUUGUUGAUCAAGAAAAAAUCUGGAUUCUACUCUAAAAGUCAAUAUAAGAGCUGGCAAAGAAAGCUGGCAGAAGACUCCACCUGGCCUCCCAGAAAUAGGACAGAUUAUUCAGGUGAUGGCAAAAACGGAUUCUACAUCAACCAAGGCUAUGAAAGCUCUGAACAGAUUCCAAGAGGAAAACUCGAACUGAGAGGCCAAACUACAGAACAUUUCUGGACUAGACUUUAAUCAUAAUUGUUGUCAUACAUGCUUAACAGCAUCAUCCUUUUUCUCUUCUAAGAAACUAAAACAGAGUGGAGAGGAAAUGAUAAUCUAACUUCAUCUUUUUUCUCUCCAGCCUAGGUUACAAAGCAUGUUUCUAUAUGAUUAAGACUUGAAUAUACAGGACAUUAACUUUACUUAUUUUGGCUGUAUCCGCUACCACUGAGGAAAAAUGCUUCUCAUGGAUUAUCAUUUUUUCUAAUAAAUGUUAUUCACAUUGCAUAACAUUAUUCUGUUUAGAUUUCACAGUCUUUUAAGGUAGUGAAAUUAGUGUUAUGAACAUCAAUAGAAAAAAGGAAGACUGAGGGAGACUUUGGCCUUUGAAAAUUUCAUGAAUAUAUUUUUAUUUUCAUCUACAGAACUAAAAGAAAUGGAGGGAAAAAACUCUUCCCAAUAAAUUGUCACAAGAUUACUUACAUGUCCACUUAUGAAGAACAUUUUUGUAUACAUCUUUUCCAAAAGUCACAAAGAUCUUUUUCAUUUCUUUUGUAUGAUUCUAGUAGAGAAACAAGAAUUGAUACUAAUGUCAUAAAAUUCAACCCUGACUCUAGUAAGCCAGAAUUGUGGGAGUGGAAAAUAAGGUAGGCUUUUGUAAAUUGCCUAUAAUCUUGGCAUGAAUCAAACUCCACCAAAGUUGGGCAUCUCCCAAAGUAUAUUAUUUGGGGCCAGUGAGCUAGGUCUAGAGCAGAUCACAAAGAUAAAGGAAUAAACUGUUAAAACUUAUCCUUCACUUAAAGAAUAGUACCUUUAUUUACUCUUUAUUACUGACAUAAGGAAACUUCAAUCUAUAACUCUCUAAGUUGGUCAGAACUCAGAAUUGCUUCUUAAAAAAAUAAUCCCAUAUGGGAAGGGACCCAUAAUGAUUGUA